AUGCUAAAGGUGGGCAAACUGAUCGCCCUUGAUGGCUUCACCCCUGCGUCGAAACAACCACGCUGCCUGGAGGAGAAUGCUGAACCCACGCGGAAUAGGCAGUUGCAACGAAAACGACCUCUUUUUCCUUGGAACCAGCGCAGAGCACCGCCUCCUCCUGACCAACAGCUUGCGCCUGUCAACGCGGAGGAAGGCGAACUGAAAGCACCCCAGAUUUCGGCGCCGGCAGCUGCUGGACUACGUCUUCGUCCGGAGACGAGAUGGACAGGUAACUGGUGACUAAGGCUGUCUGCGACGCCGACGACUAGACGGAUCACGACCUCGUCAUCUCCACGAUGAGGCCCCGACGGUAAUCUUGCAGGAGACCACAGAGCAAGUGACCGCCACGUAAGUUAAAUUCUGCACUGUUGAAUACGUUUUCGCUCCGACUACAUUUCAGCAGUCAAUUAACUCCGCGCCUGGGUCCAACUGCCGACCCCGAACAACGACGUCAUCGUGGAGAUUUCGUGCGUCAAGUGCGAAAUGCUAUCCACUGAAAUGCAUUGGGCGUCUCUGGACGCGCAAAUCGUCAACGGAAAAAACGGGCUGACAACAACGACGCAGACAUCAGCAUCGUGCUCGCUGAAAACACAGGCUACACAAAGCCUACAUUCGCCGUCGGACCGACGCGUCCAAUACGGCCUUCUUCAGAUGUCGCCGCCCCGUGAAACAUCAACUAUUUAGUGGGAAGUCGCCAGACUCCGACGCGAACCUAGCUGAUGUUUACAAGCAUGGCAGUCCUUGGCUGAUAGGCAAACUUGCAUCGAUGUUCCAGGAAAAUUGAUGUCCGGGACAGUUUCUACAGAAUUUCUAGAACGCGACAAUCUACAGGCAGAACGAGAACCGACAACUUUUUGAUAACCACAGAGGAAUCUCGCUGCUGAACAUUGCCGAAAUUAUCUUCGAUCGAAUCAUCCUCAACAGCUCCAGUGACAAUCUCGAAAAGGGACUUCUUCCGGAAAGCCUGUUUGAAUUUCGAUGCCACUGUAAAAACACUGACAUGACCUUCGCCAUCAACCUGUUGCAAAAGGAACGACAGGGAAUACGGACGCACCCUUACACUACGUGCAUGGACCUGAUGAAAGCCUUCGACGCGGUGGAUCACGAUGAACUCCGAACCGUUCUCGCACACGGUGCGUCAGCCCCACGACGGGAUGUUAGCGCGCCUCACGGACGAUGAGACCGUCUCAGAAGCGUUUGCAUUAACUCCCGAGGUGAAGCAGGGCUGAACACUCUCAGUCACCCUCUUCGGUCUCCGGUUUUCCGCCAUGCUGACGAACCGUGAUGUGCGCUCCCGGAUCCGCUUCGCAUAUAGGACAAUGGCUGUCUUCUUCAUAGCUGACGCAUGCAUGCUCCAACGCGUCUCGUCACGACUACUGUCAACGACCUUCUCUUCUAGGACAAUUGCAAACUAAAAACCGCGACACAAUCAGGCAUGCAGCGGAGGAUGGACCUCUUGGCGCCGGCUGCGUCAACUUCGGGGCUAACCAUCACCACGAAGAUAACAGCGGUUAUGCAUGCACCGCUGCGUACAGUGCUCCUCGCAUCUGCGCCAACGCCACCCAACCGGAAGCCGCAGACAACUUUGCUUAA